AUGGCUCACUUUAUCCCCGCGCAGAUUCCCUUACAAUUGGGCGAGGUUUCCCCGCUUCCCUUAUCGAUCCCCAACCUCAUACGAACCCGAUCAGCACGACGCUCGAGUCUCAACGCCGUCGAAGAACAAUUCCCUAAACAAUCUCGUCGCGGCUCCAUCCUAAGAAAGCUGGCGGGCCCACGUGAGAACGCGAAGCGAUUCCUUCGCCUACGGUCAUCCGGACUAUCGGCUCCCGCACCCCCGCAACCAAACCCCCCACGCCGUCGUACCCGGCCUGUUUCCGAGAUCAUCAUCUCUCCACGAGUUGCUACAAUCCUGCCUGACGAGGACCAAAUCUUAGACAUGGCAGACGUGUUGCCCCGGGCUGUGGCUGAUCAGCCCAUCGCCGUUCCCGAGUUAUUUACUCCGUUUCCUCCGCUGCGCAAUGAGAAGAUCAUUGCGACAGGGAGUGGAUUGACUUUGGGUAUUGCGCUUACGGAGCCCGUUUUGUAUCUACAAGGCUACGAUCAGCAUGAUCCCAGUUCUAAGAAAUCGGCUAUUUUGCGAGGUCAAAUACAUCUCAAGGUGACUAAAUGUGUCAAAAUCAAGAAGAUCUCCAUCUGUUUUAGGGGCCAUGCGCAAACAGAUUGGCCAGAUGGGAUCCCUCCGAAGAAGAUUCAUUUCCACGAUAAGAAGGACCUCUUUACCCACGGCGUCGUGUAUUUCAAUCACGGUGAUACCGCACUCAUGCAAAACGACUACGGGGCGCACUUUUACCAGCAUGCUAAACCCGUCUCACCCGUACCCGGAAAGGACGCCGUGACUGCCACAAGUCGAGAGCUCUUCUCUAAGAGUGGCUCAACCAACUCACUUGGUCCCGCAAUCUCCCGAGAUCCCAGACGUCUUCCUUUACCAACCGCUCGUGGUCACUCCCGAAGCUUCAGCAGAAACGAACCGCCAACCAGCUCCCAGGCACAACCGCAGCGCAAUUACCGGAUGUUUCCCGUAGGUGAUUAUCUAUACAGCUUUGAGUUCCCAAUCGAUGGCUCAUUGCCCGAAACCAUCAAAACGGAUCUUGGCUCUGUCAGAUACGAUCUGGAAGCUAUCGUGGAACGAUCAGGCGCUUUCCGGCCAAAUUUGCUUGGCACGAUGGAAAUCCCCGUGAUUCGCACUCCCGCCGAGGGUUCUUUGGAACAGGUCGAACCGAUUGCGAUCUCACGAAAUUGGGAGGAUCAACUACAUUACGACAUUGUCAUAUCCGGGAAAUCCUUCCCUCUCGGUUCUCAGAUUCCGAUUGCAUUCAAACUUACUCCGCUCGCGAAGGUCGAAUGCCAUCGCAUCAAAGUGUACGUUACAGAAAAUAUUCAGCAUUGGACCGCGGACAAGAGCGUGCAUCGUUUGCAGCCCGCUAAAAAGGUGCUUCUUUUCGAGAAACGAGCCGAGUCGGCCAGUACGAGUACUUAUCCCGGAAGCUCUAUGCGAAUCACUGCAGGCGGUGGUAUCGAUUGGGACCAUCGCGCUGCUGCAGCGCGCGGAGAUGAGGUUGUUGAUCGGGCUCGGACGAACUUGCUCGGAAAUUUGGCAAAUGAUUCCGGGGUUGGUCCCACGGAGAUGGAAUUCAGUGUUCAACUCCCGAGCUGCCAUGAGAUGAAGGGCCGGGACGAGGGGCAGCGCUUGCACUUUGACACUACUUAUGAAAACAUCCAGAUCAACCAUUGGAUCAAGAUCGUGCUUCGUCUUUCCAAGAUUGACGAGAGGGACCCGUCGAAACGAAGACACUUUGAAAUUUCCAUUGACUCUCCGUUCCACAUUCUCUCCUGUAAGGCGACACAGGCAAACAUUUACCUCCCCGCCUACUCAAGACCGGCAACCGACCCAGAUCCACCGGCUCAGGAGCACGAGUGUGGCUGUCCCGGGGCGCCCUUGGCCGCGCGGGAAUACUCCCUCGCGCAAUCGAACUCUGAUCGGGAAGACAGCACAUCAAAUCUGAGUCGUCAGGAUUCGACGACCGGCCGUGCCGUCUCGCGAAGCUUCACGAAUGGAUCUGGAGGCUUGGCACGUCCACCGCAAGCUCACCUAGCGCACGAUGCCCCCGGGCGAGAUAUCCCUCGCCCAAUGCAUCUCCUUCGAACACCAUCCUUCGCUCCACCUGCCUUUGAAGAUGUUCCUCCUCCCCCUCCGCUCAUCACACCGCCCCCAGAAUAUACCACCAUUGUUGGCAAUGGCGACCGAGAGGCCGUGUUAGAGGAUUAUUUCUCUCGACUUUCCUUCUAUGAAGAAGGUGAUGAUGACCGGGGUCUCGGACGGGUGGAUGUCCCCCUGACCCCGGGAGGCCGUGUCAACCGUAGUAUGGAUGUACCACGUGAAUGGGUACGCUUGGAUGACUUUACUGCUUCAUGA